AUGCAGGUAAGUUUCUAUCUAUCUAUCUAUCUAUCUAUCUAUCUCAAUGUCAACAUUAUCUAUCUAUCUAUCUAUCUAUCUAUCUAUCUCAAUGUCAACAUUAUCUAUUCAUCUAUCUAUCUAUCUAUCUAUCUAUCUAUCUAUCAUUUUCACACAUUUUUCCAACGUGACAACUUAUAUAUCUAUUUUUCUCUACGGACAAAUCUUACGUUUUGUUUGAGACGCAUUUUUUCUGUUUGUUCUUUUUUACUUUUCUUCCUUUUCUUCUUUUUUUCUUGUUUUUUGUUUUCCUUUCCCUUGCGUCACACCUUCUAUCGUAUCUUUUCUUAUUGUUUUUUCUUAUUCAUUUUUAUUAAUCUUGUUUUUCAGUAUUCUCUUUUUCUCUUUUCUUUCUUUUACUAUUUUAUGUUCCCUUUUUUUCUUUAUUUUCUUUCUUCUACAAUUAUAUUUUCUUCUUCUUUUCAUGUAUUUUCGGUCAAACUUGACAGCUUCCUUUCUUUCUUUUUUUUUUCCAUUUCGUUCUCAUUCACCUCUUUUUCCCACUUCUUUUUCAUUUGA